AUGAAUGAAGAGGUUAACAUCCAGCAGCUCAAGUUGCUGAAGCGGAUAUUUGAGGAGGCCGAUGAGGAUGGCAGUGGGGAGCUGGACAUCGAUGAGUUUUGUGACAAGCUUGGUCCCUACCUGGGCGACGUGGCGGGUCACGCGCUGAAGACGCGGGAGGAGAUCCGGCAGCUGUUCAUGAAGAUUGAUGCGGAUGCGGGAGGGACUGUGGACUGGGAUGAGUUCACCAACUUCAUGUUCCUGGAGCGGGCUCAGAUGGUCGGGGAGAGCGCCAGUGAGAACUGGAGGCUGUUCCCGCAGGCGAGUUGCAAGGAGAGCGACUUCCGUGACCGCAACGACCUUGGCGUUACCCACCGCGGACCCGUUGACCGAGUGCUGUACGUUGACUUUGUGGACAAGUACGUGUCCUGCGGGCGAGACGGUACAUUCCGUCUUUGGAACGGAGUCGAUCUUCGCCACUACAAGACCAUUCCGUUGGGCGGGUCUUGGAUCACGGACGCCAUCUUCAUGCCCAACACGCGCAAGCUGGUGUUCACGACUGCAGACAGGGCGAUAUCGUACUAUGACGCGAACCGCGGGUCGUUCGAGCUGACGGGGCGGCUGUACGCGAGCGGUGGUAUGGGUGUUCCCCAGUGCAUGACGCUGGUGACCAACGAGGCGGGUGAGCAGCUGGUGUACGGCGACUCCAAGGGGGCGGCCAUCAUGCUGCUGUGCGGCUCUAGGGAGUGGCCGGCUAGGGACCUCAUAAGUACGGAAGAACACCAGGACUAUAUCUACAUCCAUCAGGACCACACCGACUGGGUCAGCCAGAUUACCUGGGUGCCGGAAAUCGGGCUGGUGUCCGCCUCCCUGGACUCGACCAUCAAGGUGUACGACUUUGUACGGGAGCGUGUGAUUAACACAUGCACCCACCACUCCAAGUCCGUGCAUGGCUUCGUGUGGUGCAGGGCCUACUCCAUGUUCGCUUCAUGCGGUCAGGAGCGAGAUGUCAUUUUGUGGCAGGGCAAUACCAUGAGAAAGGUGGGCGACCUGACGGGGCACACCGCCAGCAUUUCCCACAUCGCACUGGACGAGCGACUCAACCACGUGUUCACCUUGGCAGUGGACAAAGUCAUAAAGGUUUGGGACCUCCGAAACCACAAGUGUCUCCAAACCCUAACGGAGGACGACUGGCGGCGGGCCGAGGAAUCCAAACCUAACUGCCUCGUGUACGACCAUGUACACCGGCGUUGCGUCACUGCCGUAUCCAAGCCGUACGUUUGGGUGCACAAGAUGGUGGCGCAGGACCGUACAGGCCACAUGGAGCCCAUUCGUGCUGGUCUGUUCAACUCCAUCUUCGGGGUGGUGGUGACUGUGGACGAGGGCGGGACCGUGUGUGUUUGGGACCUCAUGACGGGGACCCGGGAGGGUCGGUUCACUCGCUCCCAGGGCGACUCCCGCAUCACAACUGCCUGCUUUGACCGGAACCAACGGCGACUGCUAACCGCCGCCAACGACGGUACCGUUAGUAUGUGGAACUUCAACAACGGAUCGCUGCUACGAGAAUACAAACACGAGGAGGAGCAGUUGGAAGUUACGACGGUUGAGUACGCGGCGGAUGAGAAGAGGCACGCUGACUCGGUGUAUGCGGCGGGGUGGAACGCCAAGGUGUUCGUAUGGGACGAUAUGGACACAUCAAGCGGCGUGGUAACCGAGUACCGCACAUUCGAAGGUCAUCGUGAAGACGUUCUGUCCAUGGCUGCCCUGCCCCAGCGCCACCUGCUGGCCACAGGGGACUACGAGGGCAGGAUAAACGUGUACCACCUGUUCACAGGUGAGCGACGAACGUCCCUGUUCCACCGAGCCGAGCGUUACGAGUCGUCUGUGGAGCGGUUAUGUUGGUUGCUGCCGCCAAGCCGGUCUCGGAGCCUGGCCGCUUCAAUGGCGGGAUCCAUGUCGGCGUCCAUGAGCGGCGGAGGGGGAUUUGCCGCCGCCGCAGCGGCUGCCGCGGCGGCGGCGGCGGCGGUGGCGGCUGCCGCCGCUGCCAGCAGCGGCGACGGCUCGGCGGGCGGGGAUGGCGCCGGUAGCGGCGGCGGUCCUUGCCUGCUGAUUUCGUUUGGCGGCGACGGGCUGAUGCGGGUGUGGCUGAUCGGCGCCACAGGGAAGCUGAUAGCCACGCUCCCCGCCGCCCAAGGGCGGUUGGAUGUAGUUACUGCCUGUACGGCAUCCCCCGAACACGACCACCUGGUAGCAGGCGACACUUCGGGACACAUCCGGGUAUGGGAUCUACGAGCAGGUGUACGAACAGGAUCCAUACAGGCAUGUCGCGACUCAUUCCGACAGAGGGCUCACUGGUUGGCUCACAACGGGGCAAUCAGCGGUCUGUCAGUGGUUCCGGAGCGGGGCAUCAUAGUUGCGGCAUCCAAGGACUGCAACGCAUCGCUGUGGGACAUGGACGGCUGCCUGGUGGGUAUCCUCGGGGAGCACUGCUGGCAGUUGGAGCGGCGCAAGAGCUGGCAGGACCCCCGGGGGGAGAAGCGCCGGCCCCCCUUGGCGGAGACCGACAACCUCUACCUAGCAGGUCGUGGGGGCGUGUGGGACCCGGAAGGUGCCUCCAAUGAUGCGGAGGAGGCCGGCGGCAGCAGCAACAGUGCUGGUGCUGGCGCUGGUGCUGGUCGGGGGGCUCGUAGCAGUGGAGGCAGCCGCAGCAGUGGCGGUGGUGGCAGUGGCGGUGGCGGUGGAGGAGGGGGGUUGCGGGGCUCAGCGAGUGGGGAGCAGGACGUGUUCAAGGACUACUCCCCCAUGCAGCGAGCAGCGCUCAAAUUGGAGGAGAAACGGAGCCGGGCGCGGGAGGCCGAGCGGUCGCUUCCUCGCGGGGCCCACUCCCAGCUGAAAGUGCACAGCCUCAAGGACGUACCCGCUUCCGCGCGGGAGCUUCUAGGUCAGGACAUGCGCACAAACCGCGGUGGCGGCGGCGGCGGCGGCGGCAAGAAUACGGCAGCGGGAGGGGCCGGCGGCGGCGGCGGCGGCCUAAGCGCACGCGGCGGGAACCCAACCCACGGCUCGAGCCCAUCCGGUAGCGGCUAUGGCAACAGCAGCGGCAAUGGCAAUGGCGGACCGCCGCCCGCGCUGCUAUUUCGCGCACAGUUGCUGGGGCACCGUUCAUGA